CCGUCCCCUUGCGAACCACAUCCUCGCAUACUUACAGACCUCGUCUCCGACCUACUCGUCUCCGUUUCUCGGUGUUGUUUGGCUUCUCAGCCUGCAUUUUCACCUCAUCCUCUGCGAGCCGAGACGAUGACUGCUGAUAAGCCCGCGCCCAGUCCCAGUGCUGGAUCCCGAACCCACAAGUCGUGCGAUGCUUGCAAGUCACGCAAAGUCCGAUGUCCUAGUAACGGUCCGCCUGGACCUUGCGCGAAUUGUAUCCGUCGGAAAGAAGAUUGUCGCUUCAGUGUAAAAAGGCUAGCCCACAGGCGCAACGUUGCCGGACAGCUUCUUCCAACAAAUUACUCACCGUCGAGUAAUCGACCACCCAGUCUCCCAGACGCCAAAGCCGUGCUGGACCUGUCAACAUCAGAUGGAGAGACCAAACCAUUAGUUCUCCCGGAUCGCACGUCGCCAAAAUCGCCUCCCCACCGCAUCCAAGAACUCCACGUCGAUCGCGUCCUAGCACGAGCACAGAGACCAAAGACGUCAGGCACUGGAAGAGGCCAGGAGGAAACCAUGUUUGUACCACGCAAUGGCAUUUUUGGGGGCCGGAACAGCCUCACGUUCUUCUCCGACAAUAGGCUACUGUCUCUAUCGACGCGCCUCCAAAACCAAAAGGUGAACGAGCUCGUUGGACGAAUUUCCGUCAUUGUCAAUGGACGGCUUCGUCGCACCGACCCGACAACUACGAAUUCCCGAAGGACGCAACCUCCCGACAUGUGUACCGACAGAGCGCGUGCCGCCUUGUACAUCCGCCUCUACUUUGAGCGAGUGCACCCCAUGUUCCCGUUCCUUGACCGCACGACUUUCGAGACUACAGUGUCAAGUCCCAACUUCCCCAAUCUCCUCGAACGCAGCAAGCCGUGGUGUUGUCUCUACCAUAGCGUCCUUGCUUUAGGGUCCCAGUAUGCUGAUGGCGGGACAUUCGAGCCUGGUAAGGGCGAGUCGUGGCGGCUGUUCUCUGUCAGCUUGAGUGGCUUCUCGGAGCUCCUGCUGCUUCCCGAUUCUCUCACCACCUUGCAGGCAUUGACGGCGAUGUCUGUCUAUGGCUUAGGGAUCUCGGGCUUGGCUGUCGAACCUGUUAUCAUGUCAGAGGCGGCAAGACGGGCUCAGAUGAUGUCCAGUCAUAGCUUUACUGGUCCAACGGCUCACGCUUAUCAGAAGUCCUUCUGGAUUCUCUAUGCGGUUGAGAAAAUCACCAGCUUCCAUUUCGGGAGAAGUUCCGGAUUCGUCGAUAGUGACAUAUCCUGUCCCAUUCCCGUCGUUCCCGAAGCAACAUCGGGAGACUUUAGCUGGUUCCUGCACCUAGUGCGCUUCGCUCGCCUCCUUUCUCGAGCAUAUACAUCGCUCUUCUCGGUCGGCGUGUCGGGUAAUUCCGACUCAUAUUACCUCGACGUGAUUGAUCAACUGAAUGGUGAACUCGAGGAGUGGAGAGCAUCUCUGCCUGACAAUGGCUUCCGCCCGGGCGGGAUUUUACGCCCUCAGACUGUAUCUGGUCCCAAUGCGCGAUCGCUGGCCCUCAUCCUCCAUUAUCUCUACUACAGCAUGCUACUGACUCUCGCGAGAACUACGCUGUGUUAUCUGCCUGUUCCUGAGACGUCGGCGGUGACGGCGACAAAGGACGACAAGAUGAAGACCAUUUUGAAUGCAUCGAGGGCCAUUUUGGAGUUGACUACGAUGAUUGAGGUUGAGCCAUACACAGUCACAUGGGUCCUUGCGGGAAUCCCCAUUACAGCACUUUUCGUCUUAUUUGACCUAGUCAUUCAUGAUCCUCGGCAGCCAGAUACAGGUACCAACCUGGCCCUGCUCGACAUGGUUGCUGGUCACUUCAGCCGGAUCGAAUAUGCUAGCGGCGGCACCGUGCCCGGUUCUUUGAUAGCCGAGUUCGCCAAGAUUGCGCGGGACUAUGUCAACGAGAUUCAGCAUGCCGAGGCUGGGUUGACAAAUCCUGCGAGACCACACGCACCCACGAAUGCUUCCGCGAUGCAAAUGGUACCGCAAUCGGCAGAGCUCGAUGCCGGGAAUAGCAAACAAGCGGCUGGGCCAACACAAAUGUCUCUAGACCUUUCCGAUACUAUGCCGAGGGAGGCCAUGAUGUCUGGUCCGAUGCAGCAACCAGGAUACACCGACUUUGCGUUCGACAGCGGGAUGGGCCAGGUAUCUCCCAGCGCGCUUAUGGGAACCGACGUGAUGGGAAUCUUUAAUUAUUUCCUGCCCGAUCUGGACCCUAUGUUUUACCAGGGUAUGACGCAGGAGUACGAUCUGCUACCACAGCAGCAUGGGGGGACCGUCCAGAGCAUGGAGAAGUGAGAUGAUGCGGACGGGGUCCAAUUCUUAAUUUCCGUCCGUUUACCAGACCGCAUGCAGCGUGACAUAACCUUAUUUUUGGAGCUAUAAUAAUGCGUGCCCCCAACGGAUACUAGCAGAUACCUUAGUUGCUACGUCCGGCAGUCGACAUCGUUGCUAGGCAUAAUGACGAAAUGCUUAUGAAGAACAAAAUCGAACGUUCGCUGGACCAUCCCUCCAGGAUGGAAAAGCAGGUAAGACGGCGUGUGUGUG